AUGGGUCAGAUGAAGUGUCCUGGAGUUAAUGUUUGCCGUGGUGAAAGUGCCUGGCAAAAUAAUGAAAGAGAGCAAGAAAGGAAGAAGGAGGAGAAAGAAGAGAGAGCGAGCAUUGAUCGCGACCGCAUGCUCCGUUGCUCGUUCUGGUUAUGCCUCAUUGAUUACCCGCGAGUAGUUGGAGGCCGAGUGUCCGCAAGUUCUGAGACUGGUUUUGAAUGGUGGUUCUUAAAUUUGCGUUCUUAUUUUCCUUUGAUCCCGUUCGUGGACGUGACGCUGUCGUGUCGGAACCGGACGUUCCGAGCCCACCGCGUCGUGUUGUCGGCCUGCAGUCCGUACCUGAGGGACCUGUUGGACUCGGACGCCGUCGUUUCCGGCGGCGGUCAUCCCAUCGUCAUUUUGCAGGACGCCACCCCGGAGGCGGUCGAGCACGUCAUUGAGUUUAUGUACACGGGCAACGUGGACAUUCCGAGCCAGUGCCUGUCGGACUUCAUCAAGCUGGCUGAGUGUUUUCAGGCCUUGAUGUUGGUACGGGUUGCCUCCAGGUCAUCCAAGGCAAUUCUGCCAUUUUCAUCAACAGCCUCCUUCACAGCCGCCAAAGUGGCGGCCGCCACCAUUUUGAGGGAAAAGUUGGAUCGUGUCGCUCGGUCCGCGCAGAACAAAGACGAACUGGGAAAAGAAAAUGAUGAUAACGAAGGGAGCGAGAAAAGGAGACGGGGAAGGGAGGCAACGUUCGACGAAAAGAGGAGCGAGAGGACGGGGGAGAAGAAAAACGGUUCAGGUGGCACGGUCGACUGCGCAAGUGGGUCAUUGGCGUUCCGCAGCUGUUCUGGUGCUGCAGGGAAGAAGGAGGACGAAGCCUUUCACCUCUUCCCGGUUCGAGGAAUAAAAGGAGAAUCAGAAGCACGUCCGUCGUCGUCGUCGUCGCCGACCAAACACUUGAAGCCGGAUCAUGGCUUGCCCUCCCCGCCGUCGUCGACCCACGACGAAGACGGCGACCAGAUGUCGCCCAAAAGGAAACUGUCCACGGCGUCCAGCGACUUCACGCCCCACCAACGCAAGCAAUUCGAGGCUCAGAUGGUGCACCGGUAUUUCCGCAGUCUCUAUGGCGCCGAGCAGGCUAAACCAGAGGCCGAGCCCAUGGUUACGAUUGAAAAGGUGUACCUGCAAAACGAAGGCGAAGAGCACGCAGAAGACGAGCCUUGUGACUUCAGCAUGGGAAAGACGCGCAAAGCGGACGGCGAAUUCUCUCCGCGCGCAGAAGACUACGAUGACGAAGGCGGCAAUAGUAAACCCGUCGCUGGACGCGUCAAGAACGACAGGAACCCACCCGCGCUUUUGCCUUACCAGUCUGAACCGGAAAAACCGUUCAACAUUCCCGCGGAUGUGUCUCCAGAGAGUCCGUUGUUCCGUGUAUCAAACUCUGACACGAUCUGGGUCGGCAAGACCUACAACAAUUGGACCAUGUACUUCUGCUCGCUGUGCCCGUAUCAAAGCAGGAUCAAGAGCCACUUAUGGCGCCACUCGGUGAAACACACUGGACAGAAACCAUUUGUCUGCGCUCUCUGUCUGAAAGCCUUCUCUCGAAGAGACAAUUUGAAGCAGCACAUGAAUUACAAGCACCCUGGCUACGACCUCGAGCCGAAACGAGACGCCAGACAAGGUCUGAAGCUCAUCAAGGGGGUCUAGUGCUGUUUUUCAAAAGACCCGCGCGACGUCGAAAACUGCCAACGAGUUACCUAGGAAUGUCACGGAUUUUGUGCUAUUUUUAUCAUCUGGGGUUUUUUUUUUUUAUGUGUGUGUGUUGUGGUCGCUUUUUAUUUCGCGCUAAGGCAGGCUUGAACACCUUUGGGUCUUCGAGUCUUCCACCCACAACCGCAAAUUACGAACAGUUUACGCGAUGAUGAUUUCUGAUCUCUCACCAACGCAUUUUUUAGAUUUUCUGGUAAUCGGAUGAGAUGUGACGUGUGGUAUCGUCUGUGACUGACCCAUGUACAUUAGAAGUGCUGUAAACUGUGGGAAGAGUAGCUAUCAGAGGCAAUACAAUUUAAUUUUUUCCUUCAAAAGGAAGUGAAGAGUCAUACAAAGUAAAUAAUUUCAAAAUGAAUCGUUUGUUCUAAUCAUUGAGCUACUUCGAGGGUAUGCGUGGAAAAGAUUCGGGAUUGAUUUCACCUGUUGGCUUAAGGGGAGGGGAGUUCAUGCUCGAAUUUACCGCCAGGCAGCGAAGUUGGAUUAUUUUUCAAAAUCCCUUCUCUCCAAUACAAAAUCAUGUUGAAAAUCUCAGUCGAGCUGAAGUCCAAAAUAUCAGGGUUUUCGUGUGGCCUAGCAAAUCUUAGAUUCAAUUGGUUUAGUGGGAAAAAUGGUUCCCAAGUUUCAGUCUUUCAAGGAACUACAGCCAAUUUUGCAAGGGGAUUUAUCAAUAUUUUUGGACUAUCUUUUUUUGGCUAUGGGCCCCAGACUUGUGUCAAAGUUGAACAUUCCAUCAUUCAAAAAUCCAAGACUUGGAUAUUUUUUGCUGAGCUGGAACAGUUGCAAUAACCAAUGAGCGGUUGCAGGCCUACCAUGUGUCACACAUCUCGGGAUUGCCAAUUGUCUAUUAUGCCUGUUGGUAAAGCGGAACAACAUGCGGUGUCAUGGAAGUACUGUAGCUUGUUCGUUGAGCUGAGUUGUCUCACCUUCGUUUAGCGCAUGAGAAGUGGCUUCCGCGUAAUGCUGAGAGAACCCGGUUCUUUGGCCUCAAUGGGUCCGCAGAAGACAUAGGAAGUUACCGUAACCUCAUAUUGAUUUUUGUUUUCUACAGAAUCGGAGUCGAGUGGGUCCGUGAGGUUGUGAAUGGAGUUCUGCACAUGUUACCUUUUCACGUCGACUAGUUUCUACGCGUAUUUAUGCUCGUUCUGGCGUUCAGUGCUCUGAUCAGAAGUUACCAAGUUUCGCGCGUAUUUGAUUUGUUUCUUUGGAAGUAAUACCGGUUUGCUAUAAUUCUUGGAAUAGUGGUGAUAUGUUGAAAGAAUUAGCUUUUGUGAAAUGGUGUACAGCUGAACUUGAACCGGUGGAACGAACGUGUCAAGUAUGUCAUGGAACUCGAAAAUUACCCGGUGAAGAAGGUAAUCUGUGAAUAGACGUUGAACAAGUUGCGAUGUGUGUUGUAAAGCGAUUUCUUUUUGCCGUCUUUGACGAUUUAGUGCGGAAAGCGUUGAUAGCGGUUACCAAAAUUUUAAGUCUUCCAAGCAACCCUUUUCUGCGAUGUACAAUUUCGUCCUUCCUUUCUCCUUGAGGGAAACGCGAAUGUUCAAAUUUGAGAAAGGUUCUCUAACGUUUGCUACCGAUAAACAUGCCCGUCGAGUGUGUCGUUUUUGUCGAGAUUUGUAUUCAAAAAGAUGUCGCCCUACAAUUAUUUUGCCGUAUUUUUGCAGCGGGGGCGAUUAAAAUAAGUCAUACCGAUAAA